AUGGGAGAGGGCGGCGAGCCCAGAGAUCUGCAGGCGCCCGGGGGGGAGCCACGGGCCGCCCCCCCCGCGCCGCAUCGGCUGGCGCGAGGCCCCAUGGUGCAGCGGUUUUUGUCGGUCGCUGGUGCCGCGAUCCCCGGCCUGCACGAUCUUCCGGGCUCCUCCUCCUCCUCCUCCUCCUCCUUCUCCUCCUCCUCCUCCUCCUCCUACUCCUCCUCUUCCUCCUCCUACUCCUCCUCCUCCCCCAGGGCGGCGCAGGAGGUGCCGCCCCCUUCGCGCUCAAGGGGGCAGAGGCGUAUGGCCCCCUCUUGCGGCGCAUCUGGGAGUCUGCAGAGGAGGAGGCAGAGGACGGUGAUGCCCACGUCGUUGUUUGUCUCUCUUUUUUUCCUGAGCCCUCAUGCUCGGAUUUGA